AUGUUCGACCUCCUCCUCCUCCUCCUCCUCCUCCUCCUCCUCCUCCUCCUCCUCCUCCUCCAAGAGUCUCCACCUGCACCUGCUCUUCCAUUUUCACAGCACACCCCCAUCUCUUCGUACGCAUCACACGUAUGCAGCGGCGAUCCGACUGCUGAUCAGCAUGGGAAGGAGCAGCGAGCGAAGAAGCAAGGGCUGCAGCCUGACGCCGACAUGCUUGCGGCGUCCAUGGCAGCGGCUACGAUAGACCCGACAGCUAUGAAGCAGCAGCAGCGACUGCCCUCAGAUGCGUUGAGGGCAGGGAACGAUGAGGAGGAGGAGAUGGACUCCGAUGAGGACGUCGGAUCUUCCCAGCUGCGUGAGACCGAUAUAGACUGGAAGGGCAGGAGGGAGGACACCGAGUCUCCUCCUUCUCUUGUUCUUGAGAUUGAGAAAGGACAGGUGUCCACACAACGGCUGGAUCAGUACCUGGCAGAGAAGAUAACGUUCAUGUCCCGAUCAGCCAUCCAGAGGUUGAUCAAGGAGGGAUGCGUUGUAGUCGCCGAUGGCAAGAAGGCUGCAAAACCUGCGGCGAAGCUGAGGGGAGGAGACGUGAUUUGCGUCUACUUUCCUCCUCCUCCUGGCUGUAAGGACAUCGAGCCCAAUGACAUCCCCAUCCACAUCCUGCAUGAGGAUGACAGCAUCGUCCUCGUCAACAAACAGCCCGGUCUCACAGUCCAUCCCUGGCAGGGCGUAUCAAGUGGGACGCUGGUGAACGCGUUGGCUUUCCACUUUCAGGUGCAUCUGCUAGCGAGCAAAGGAAUCGAUGAUAACGGAGAAAGCAGCGGAGCAAGGAGGGAGACUCUCUCUCUUCUGUGGGUGCGACCAACUCACGUCCUGGCAUUGUCCAUCGGCUGGAUCGGUGAAAGGUUCACAAGUGGAGUCAUGGUGGUUGCUAAGAGCGACCUUGCUCACUGGCGGCUCGCCGAGAACUUCGCGCAGAGAAAAGUGGACAAGAGAUAUCUGGCGGUUGUGCACGGAAGAGUGAACAAAGAUGAACAGCUGAUAGAUGCCCCUAUAGGACGAGACGUGAAGGUCAGGGAGCGCAUGUGCGUACGGGAGGGGAAGGCAGGGAAGCAAGCCAAGACCAUUUGUCGCGUGAGGGAGCGAUACAAGGAUUUCACGUUGGUGGAGCUUCAACUCCUCACUGGGCGAACGCACCAGAUUCGUGUCCACCUCUCGCACAUCGGACAUUCUAUCGCUGGUUUUUAUCUCUUCCGCAUCCUCCAACCUCACCUGCGCGUGUCAGGCGACACAACGUAUGGAGGGAAAGUGAUCCACGAUACAGACGUGGAGCGAGGAAGAGGAGAAGGGAAGCCCAUCUUAGUCAGGCAGGCGCUGCAUGCUACCUGCCUCUCAUUCGAGCACCCCAUCACCAGGGAGAUGGCGAAAUUCACUGCUCCUCUCUUCGAGGACAUGAAGAGGCUGGUCAGCGGAUUCUCGUCCUUACAUCACUUCAUUUCCUCCUCCUCCUCCUCCUCCUCCUCCACCACCACCACCAUGGCUAACGAAUAG